AUGAACUUCAAAGGAUUUGUAGGCAUGCUGACAGUGUCGAUUCUAUCCAAUAUCUGAUACAUGGUUGUAUUUCCAUUCUUGCCGCUUGAGUUUGGCAGAUAUGGCAUCAAACCAUCCACUUUCGGAUUCAUAUUUGCAAUGUUUUCUGCUGCCUCAAUGAUUGGUUCUUUGUUGGUCGGCAAAAUAAUGAUCGUGUUUGGUAGAAAGAUUAUAUUAUUGCUUGGAAUAUUCAUCAUGGGACUUUGAAUGGCACUUUUCUCAACAAUAAGUUAUCUUGACGAUCCAUCAUUAGUUGUAUUCUUUUGCCUUGUGUCGAGAUUCGUACAAGGGUUUACUUCAAGUAUGAUCCAGACGACUUGAUACUCAAUUAUCUCUGUGAUUUACAAAGAAAAGAAGCAGCAGUACAUGGGAUACUACGAAGGGUCGCAGGGAUUUGGAUGGGCGAUAGGUCCAGCUAUCGGAGCUAUUCUUUACUCACUCUUCGGAUUUCAUUGGACGUUUUAUAUUCUUGGGGGUUCUAUGAUUUUGACGUGUCCUUUAAUGUACAUUCAAAUUCCAAACGCUAUCAAUGAAAAUGACAACUUAGAGCAAAGUAUCCUAGACGAAGAAGUUGAAGAAGUUGGCAAGUCUUCCCCAGUGAUCAAAGCAACAUAUUCAGAGUUAUUUAAAAGGAAAGUAUUUACAUUGUCUGCUGUUUGAGCAUGAUUAUCGUAUUAUUCGUAUAGCUAUUUUGAGCCAGUGCUUCCUACAAGACUACAGGAAUUUGACAUUUCUACUUCUGAGAUUCUCCUCUUUUUCUGUAUUGAUCCCUCUGGUUAUCUAGCUCUGAGCUGGACUCUCUCAUUCUUUACAGAUAAAUACGAUUCAAAGAUUAUUAUUGUGGUGACAAUUUUCAUUUGAGGAUUAGCACAAUUUUUGAUUGGCCCAAGUACAUUUUUACCAGAUAGCUUGAUACUGAUGGGAAUAGGCCAAUUGAUGAAUGGAGUCUCUAAUUUCUUCUUUUGUGUGCUUUCAUUACCUGUAAUGAUCCAUGAUGCUGAAGAGCGAUAUCCAGAACAAAAAAUUUAUGCUGCAGAUCUUUCCUCAGGUGUAUUUAACUUUGCACUAGCACUGGGACAAACUGUGAGUCCUAUUUAUGGUAGUUAUAUGACUGAGAUAAUAGGUUUCCGAAACGUGGCUACCUCUAUUGGAAUAUUCUUCAUUGCUUACUCACUAAUCUACUACUUGUCCUGAGUUGUAUUCACCACUAAAAGUAAUGAAGAAAUUGAGUUGCAAGAGUCUAAGCUAGACACUUCACAAGAAAACAUUAAGACAUAA